AUGUCGGGCCAGAUGCAGGUGGGCCUGAGGGAGAUAGUGGGCUGUCAGCAGCACGCUUGCCUAGACAGCUGGCUGUCCCUGGUGGUGGACUGUAUGUCCUGCCUGCAGUUGUGGUAUUCAUGCUGGGCUUGGGUGCACAGUGGCCAGUGGAACAAGUACCUGCAGCUUCUGUGUGACUUUGCUGGGGCCUUCUAGAUCGGCGUGCACCUGGUGUUUUUCUUUGAUGGCGUGGUGGGGGUGAGCAAGUAGGCCAAUUUGGUGAGGAGGCAGCUGGAGGUUGCCUGCCUCUUCUGCUACCUGAGGCAGCAUGUGACACCGGACCGCAGUGCCAUGCCCUGCCUUUCCUCUGCUCUCACCAUGUUCUCUUGCUUCCCCCUCAAGUCCCUGGGCCAGGAGAUGUGGAGUAUGAUGCAUGAGGCCAAUUAUGAAAUUGCUGAUUACGCCCGCCAACAUGGCUACAUGAGCAUCCUGGGUUAGGACACAGUCUUCCUUAUCUUCGACAGUGCCUACCUGUUUGCAGGUCUACUGUGUCUGGAUGCUAUGAGCACAGUGAUGUUCAGCAGAGAGAGGCUAUGUCACAUCCUCUGACUGCGAAUCUUUGACCUGCUGCUUCUAGCGUGCAUCAUGACUAACGACACAAUGCCAGAAGGCGUGACCCUGUUUCCUGUGUCAGAGGAAGAGCAAGCGCUGCUGGAGAAAGGUCGCCAGGGAGAAUCACAUAUGGAGGAAAAGUGCUUCAUGCUGUAUGACGUACUCCAUGAUGGCAUGGUGGAGUGCAACAUCAGCCUGGAGGAUGAGGGCAUGCUUCUGCCCUCUCAGGGGCUCAUGUAUCGACCCGCCAGGAGCAUCUAUGGGCUCCCAAUGCCCACCCCACCUGGUCCCAGAAUCCCUGCCCCCAUGGCCAAGGAAUGGUUUAUGUCUCCUGGAAAUCACUUGCAGGAGCCAGACAGGGUACAUUCAUCCGCUCCAAGCAAUGCAGACUUGACUCAGGCCCGGGCCAUUCGGGUCAGGACCUUCCUCGCCAUCUUUGAGUUGCAGGAGCUGGGGUCUGCCAUCGCUGCUGGGGAGCUGAACACACCGCCGCUGGCCACUGUCAGUCUCAUUGCAGUACAGAACUCAGACUGAACCCUCGUGGCCACAGGUGUGACCUGUGGAUCCCUGGACCAUGCAGCUGGGGGU